ACAAAAUGUCUUCCACGACGUCGGAAUCACCUACCUUCUCAAGUGAUGAGAGACUUAUUGGGGAGAUGACCCUGGAGGAGCACAGGGAGCUCACCACCCAGCUCCUGGAGAGGCAGCCAGGACUACUUUUUGAUGCCCUGAUGAUGCAUCAGCUCAGGCAUGGUGCCCCACCGUUUACUGGUGUACAGGGAGUACCAUGGUGUACUUGUGGUAACUGCAGGGACAUGCCUACAGACCGGGAGAGGAUAUGCUGUGGCCAGGAUCCAGCUCACUGUGUAAGCCGGCUACCUCACUUCUCCCAGUACUGCUUGGAAGAAGGUUUUUUACGUAUUCAUAGGCAGUACAGGGAGGAACUGACAGUAUUUGGGCAAGUUAGGGGGCCUGGGGAUGACAACCGGGAGUACCGUUAUGCAGCAUAUAGGCAUUUUAUUUUCUGGCAACAUGGCUCUUUAGGCCAGGGAAACCGUGUUGUCAUCCCCAGCUGCUGUGUUUGGAGCAUCAGGGACAAGUUCCCUGACCCCACUGGACAUUACACAGGAUUCAUACCAGGCAUCUGAGUAUUCUCCCUGGCCCUCUGGCAUGUCAAUACAGGACCACAAGUGCUCACAAACCUGUGUGAACAUCAUCAGGGCAUCAAAGCUAUUUUUCCUUUUUUUGUGGUUAGACUUUACUAUUUUUUAUUAUCUUUCAAAGUAUGUUCUAUUUUUUUCACUGCAACUUUG